AUGAGAAUUGCGCUUGUCUUCUCGAUUUUCCUUUCUUUUUUGUGGGUGCGGUUGGCAAACGCGGAGCGGAAGCUCCCCGCUGAUCUUCAAGUCGACCUCAUCUUUCCACGCAACGAGACAUACGCGCCAUCGCAUCUUCUGCCCAUAGUCUUUGGCGUGAACAACAUCGACGCCGUCUGGCCUCUAGACCUUCGCCUCUCCGUGGAGGUGCAGUCAACCCUCACGCAGUCGAAUGCAAGUCAACCCUCGUGGUUGUAUGAAGAUGUCAGCCUCGAGCCGAGCGUGUUUGCGCAGACUGUCGGUCAAACACCGGGCAAGCAGUUCUUCUACUUUCCGGCCAUCAACAUGACCAAAAUAGCCAACGGAACGGCCAACGAGUUUCGUAUUCUUUGGAAAUUCUCCAUUCCACGUCGGUGCUUCGCUAACAGUACGGAUCCUCGAGACGAUGAUGGAGAUACCCACUGGUCAAACUCGCCUUUGGAAGGCGGCUCACGUGUGGUCUGGUUCAAGACAGCACCAGGGGCCCAGCGUCCCGAUGUCCAGGCUACUAUCAACUCAUGCUCGGAUCCUGAAGAGGCGACUUCAACAGCGGUUCGCGUCACCGAAGUAAGGAAGACGUACAGUGACGGCCAGUUUUGUCCGGUGCUCGAGACAAAUAUCAAACCAACCAAGUGCACCUUCCAGUCAGCCGCCAAGGAGCUCGCAGCGAAUGUUUCUGCAGCUAUGCUGAAAGAAAUGGGAUGUAAGGAGGGCGAGUGGCAGACACUGACUGAGCGGUGUCCGAAGGAGGAGAACAUGGCACCGUCGCAGACUGCAGCCUUGGGAAUGGGAUCGGCAUUACUAGCACUGGCCAUCGCUUUGCCGAUUGCUCUUUGA